AUGAGGUGGAUUAAGGUGGGCGAUUUAGGUGAUAAAGCAUUAUUCUUAGGAGUUAAGGGUCAUUGUGAUGUGAGAAGACUGGGUAAAUGCGUACAUCUUAGCAGUUGUGUAUUAUCUCAAGACUUUUCCUGCGAGGUGUUGCAUUUAUUCGAUGGAGGCAAAGCUAAUACACAUGAUCCCAAUUGUGGGAAAAUUCGGAAAUUUGGUGCAAUGGAAGUUGAAUUAAGUCGUGCAGUGAAAAAAGAUGUGACCAUGUGGGAGUUUCUUCUGAAGAAUUUUCCUGAUGAGAUUUUGGUUGAGAUUUGUAAGGAGUUUAAUAUCUUUGAAUCAAAGGAAGCUGUUGGUCGUUUUAUUGAAGCAUGGAAGAGAGCUAGCAAUGACCAACCAGUUUGGGAAACACUUGAUUUCUCAAUGUUGAAAUCUGAUUUUGUAAAGGCCUCAAUUCAGCCAUAUAUUUGGGUCCAUUCCCGUUCUGACAGCACUUUGUACAAUUUGCUAUUUCUUGCAUUGAAUAUCAGUCAAGGGAAUAUCAAGACCUUGAUUUUCAAUUACAGCUUGUAUCUCACCAAUGAUCAAUUCAUCUACACAGCUAUAAGGUGCCCACAUGUAAGACGACUAGUCUUUGUAUCUUGGAACCGUAUAAAGAAGAUAGGAAUUGUAAGGGCAAUUAGGGUGUGGACAAAUCUAGAGUCCAUGACAAUGCCUUGCACUGAAUACCCAGGAUAUGUUUUUGAAGAAAUUACAAAGCAUUGCAAGAACUUUAGAGAACUCAAGGUCAUUGCAUUUCUUCCAAACUUGAAAGUGUUGAGUCUUCGAUGUUCAGGGUUGUCGAAAGAAGCUCUCAUUUUAAUAUUAGAUGAGCUAAAAGACUUAGAAGUGCUCAACAUUUCACAUUCUUGUCAUGUGGUACCUCUUCCAUAUCCUCAUGAAGGAUAUAUGUUUUCUAGUGGUAUUGAUCCUAUAAUCAUUGAGAAGGGUUCCAGGCUGCUUGACUUCUACACAUGCAUGGAAGAAUCAUGCAUCAUGUGUCAGAGGACAAAAGCAGAUGAUGGACUUCCUAGAUGGUUCAGAUACGAGGAUGGGAUUUGGAAAGAUGAUGAAAUAAGUUCUCUUGCACUUUAA